GAUAGUGUGAUCGGGAAGGUAAGGCAAGGGGGACCACUUUUGGGGAAAAUUGUUUUUCCACAGCUAAUAGAUUUAUGCUGGCUGGGCAAUGGGUGAACGAGCUUUGGUGAACCUGCCGAAACGAUAAUGAUGUUCGAUGUUUUUGCAACUGUUGAACUUUUGCUGGGGUAAAUAUACUGAUUUGUGUUUUUGCCUUAAAAAUACAUUUCUAGCGGAACAAUAAUUUUAGCUUGCCAAUCUGCACGUAAAGAAUAUUUUAAUUAUGCAUGAGAGAGGAAAAAGCUUUCCGAUAUGUUUACAAAAAAUUGGUAAAAGUAAAUUACUUUCAGAAAUACUUUUUUUUCACAAAGUUCUUACGUGAUUUGGAUGUCUUUUAUGCUUCAGCACAAGAUCUCUUCUGGAAUUCACUCCGAAAUUUGGGAAAAAGGAUCUCAAAUUCACACCAUUAUUCGCGAUAUGGAUUGCAAUAUGUUUUCCCAACACAUGCCACCCAUCCAAAUCAAAAUAAAACAUGAAAAGAACCGCAGCGAUUCCAUCUAACGCAAAUCCAACUUUUACCAUGUGCGCGUCACACGCCGGCAUUAUAAAUAUUGGAAAUCGCUUACAUAAGGCUAAAAUCUUCGCAUGGGCCUUCUUUGCAAACACGUCAUCCGUUAUGAAACCCCCCACCGAGAGAGAGAGAGAGUUCGUUGCCGUUUGCCAAACCAAUUCGAACCACCUUCCUACGUGCGAAAAGACGGCACGGCAGUUUCUUUCAGCAAGUUUCAUUAAAAUUUCACCACGCCAUAAAAGAAGCGUAGCGCGAAGUAAUGUAUCCUUGGGCAUCCAGCGUUCCCGUUACCAUAAACUGAAGACAGGAAAUUCGCUGCUUUAAAAGUGAGUGUACACCCCUUUACACCUGUUCAUUUCCCGCCUCGCCCCAGGCUCCUGGAAUCGGCCGGAAAAGCAUGCCGAAGGUGCAAAAACGAAAGGAUCAAAGGAUCGUUGAUAUGCUUGCAAAAAUUGACUAAUGAAAAUCACAACCCCAAAGGCUAAUUAACCUCGUCCCCCGAAGGGGGGUUUUUCGGAGCAGGUGCACCGUAGCGGGAGUGGUUUUUCUUCGAUGUGGUUUUUAAGGCUGCAGGAAAAGCUGCUCCAGUACAGUGGGAAGGAUUGUCAGUGAAAGGUGUAAAAGAGCGGCAUCGUUCCGUGGCCUUCCGAGAAAGCCGAUUGCGAUUCCAAUCUGUUCGCCUUACGUGUGCUGGAAGUUUUGAAGCCUAAUUGAAUUAGCAUCCGUGCUGCGGGCUUAAAUCUCAAGACGGUGUUAACGAUACAACUGUAAUCGCGGUCAUGAGCUUGCGCGAAGAGUGAAGCAUUUAGCGAUGGCGAAAGUUUUCCAGCAAUCAAUCGAUUUAACACCGAUUGUAUGGAGAUUAAAUGUGUAUGCGGAUGGCAUGAAAAUAAGGAACAUAUCUAGGUGAAUUUGGUGACUUUUAUGGUGAAUUGUUAGCCCACACUAAUGCUCACUUUUAAUCAAAAACGGUUUUCAUUUGAAUUACUCGCCCGCUCUUAUUAAACUCCCAGUGCCACAACACUAGUAGGCUUUGCAACACAUUUUUACUCCACGCCCAACUUGCUCUCUUGGGAUAGGAUGAGUUUAAAAGCACAGUCAAGAUUUGGCUGCUUUUUAAUAGAUUCCAUACCUCUUGGGAGUGAUUUUUUUUGAGCCGUUGAAUUAGAAAUGAGCAAGGCUUCGGUGUUCGCUAUCGGACAGCGAAACUGACUACGGUUCCAUCAAACCAGCCUCAACCUACACACCGGAACACCCCGAAGGAAAAUGGUGACCGGUGGUCGUGCAAAAGGUAAUCGGAAUUUUCCAUCACACCACUGCACUGUACGCCAUGAUGUUGACCUGGUGACGUUGCUUAUACCCGCUGACUCCUUCCCACGCAGAAUCGCACGAUGGUGGCGUCGAAUUUGCCUGAUCGAUCAUCACAGCCCCGUAACGAGACUCGUUUUUCGCAGCGAUACAGCGAUAAAGCGCGAAAUGUCACGUCAGCUCACGUACUACCCGGGCACGAUACAUCCGCUAAGCUAUUUCCGGUUCGUCUGGGAAUGUCUGAUGAUAGUUACGUUCGCGACCGCUUUCCAGUUGAUCCCGUACGAUGUUACGUUUCUGUUCCGGAUAGGUGAUUACUAUCCUUUUACGGCUUUUCACGUGGUAAUUUUAGGCACGGAUUUCAUUUGCCUGCUUGAUGUGAUAAUAUCCAUGUACACCGGAACGUACCAGCGGAGAAGCCAUCAGGUCAGUCUCGAUCUGAAAACCGUCCGGAAGCGAUACCUGCGCAUGUGGUUCUGGAUCGACGUCAUCAGCUCUGCACCGGAUCCACUGUUAACAAAACUGAUUCCUCCAUCGACACUUGACAACUCGUUGGUGUACUGUCUGCACAACCUGGACUAUCAUCCCGGCUGUCUGUGGGAUCUUUGGAGCCUAAUGUCGGUGAUUAAAAUUUUUCGCUUUCAAACGUUUUUACGCUACAUUCGUCGGCUUUGUGAGCGGUUCGGGUUGCGUCGCAAUGUGAUUAAGUUCAUCGGCAUCCUCGCCACGGUACUGACCGUGUUCCAUUGGAGUGCGUGUCUGAUGUUUAUGGUUCUGCGCUUAACGCAAGGUACCGAUCCGGCACAGAUUGACGCACGUUCCUGGUCCCAGAAGUUACCGUUUUGGAAUCAAACUUCUUUUGUUCGCUACUUGGAAUGCUCCUAUCGGACCCUUUACACCGUAACGCACAUCACGCACGACUUCAACGAAUCCAUGACCUACGACGAUAUGGUGAUGUCCCUUAUCUACACCAUCAGUGGUUACAUACUGAAGAUUUAUCUACUAGCCGAGUUGCUUAUUUUUAUACGCAUUCUCUUCUCCAGCACAAGCAAAUACCACGAGUAUCGCUACGAGCUGAGCAACUACAUGCGGCAUGAACAAUUGCCCGCCGCACUGCAAAAGCAAAUUUUGAGCUUCUACGACUUUCGCCAUCCGAAGAUAUACAGCCGCUGGUCACUGAUCCGGUCGGUGCUAGGGGAACAGCUUUACGGAGAAAUCCGAAUGGAAAUUCUUGGACCGCUGCUCCGAGCCUGCCCACUGCUUCGGGCCACCUUUUCCGAUCAACAGUUGACAGCGUUGGCACUCGGGAUGGACUUUCAGCUAUUCAUGAAGAAUGAUAUUAUUGCACGGUGGGAGGAUACCGGUUCCGGUGAUGAGAGCCAGUGGAAAAUGGUGUUUAUUGUGACUGGAACGGUGGCCAUAUACACGAGCGGCUGGAAGGAUGUGUUGCAUCUGGAGAAUGGGGAACAUUUUGGCGAAUUUCAGCUGCUCUUUGAUGCGGACACGGUGAAAUUUCCCAAUUUGGUCGCAGUGGAAAAUACCGAACUCUACACAUUGUCUCGGGAGUGGCUGGAUAGAUUUCUGCAACCGUACCCGACGGUACGACAGAACCUAAUCGACCUAGCGACCGAACAUCUACGCCAGAUGGAGCAGAUGCAGCGUGGGACCGUGCUAGACACGCUGGAAAAUGUCGAGACGGUUCGAAUGCAACGCAGCAGAUCGCACCGAGGUACCGAGUGAGUGCAAACUUUUGCUGCCCAGAUAAAUAAAACCCAACCGAGUCGAAGCUUCCGGCCAGAGGACAAUCAAUCAUUUCCGGAACAGAACCAAGGUCGCAUUAGCAGGUCGGUUAUAUACUAUUUGCUCUCGCUAACAUUAUUUCUCCAUUUGAAUGGCGGAGACUGCCGAGGCUAGAGUUUCCCGGUAUUGUAUUCUUUUGCUUCUCUUGUUUCAUUUCCUUCUUUUUCCGAUUUAUUAAUAUUAAGUGGCAAUCCUAUUUGGCUGCCGCUGGUGCGAGAUGAAGCAGGAACACCUUUCAACGAAUUGUGCACGAAUUUAAUUAAACAUUUUGCUUUGUACGCGUGCGAAGCGAAGUCUUCCGAGACUAAUAAAUCAGUUAUCGGGUUGGGGUGAAUUAUGCUUCACGCGUUGGCGUGAAAGUAAUAGAAUCGUUCUUAGGCAGCUUAUAGACACGGGAAACGAAAACUCGCAAGCAAUGAUAGCGAAAGAGCAAUAACCGUUGAAGGAAAAGCAAAAUAAGAAAGGCCCCUGGAAGUGGAAGUGAUGAUGGUUCUGUUAAUUGAAAGCAUGGCGCCUUUGCUGUACGGUUCGAUUUCGAAUGCUUUAGCGCACGGCAAAGGCUUCUAAGCGAGCACGAAAUGAAAUUACGUGCGCUUGAUGCGAAACGUAUUGCAUACGACGGAUUGAAUUAAACCAACGAUCAGGCAAAUAAGGAAAUCGAACGGUUUGAACAGACACAUGUGCAGCGUGGUUUAUUGUUCGUUAAAUUUGAGUUCGUAUAAAUGAUUUCAAUCAAAAGGAAAACCUUUUCAAAUGAAAUCUACACUUGCAGUAGCAUGCUGGAUUUCAUUAUAGCGUCUGUUUGUAUUUUUGAGUGUGCAGGACUGUAUCAGAUAAAGACCAAAAAUCUCCCCUCGUUCGGUAAUGAUAGACAAUAGGGGUCGCUUUCAUCCGUUUGUUUGAGAUUGUAUCGUUUUUGAGUAUCUUUACUGAAAGGAUAAUUAAAUAUCGUGCUCCUGACAGCUUACAGAUAUCCAUUGAGUGAAACUUUUGAUCACAGUUUGGGUGGAAAAAGAAGCUA